AUGGACUCUAACGUUGGUGACUGCUCAUUCCAAGUUUCUGCUGAGACCGAGAGGUUUUUAUGCGGGCAAUUGUUGGAUCAGAAUCAGCCAAUCGCAGAGCGGUUCAGAGCCCUCUUCUCUCUCCGUAACCUCCGUGGUGCCGCUCCUAGAAAUGCCCUUAUACAAGCAACCAGAGAUAGUUCAAACCUGCUUGCCCACGAGGCAGCAUUUGCUUUGGGGCAGAUGCAAGAUGUAGAAGCCAUCCCUGCUUUAGAAGCUGUUCUGAAUGACCUUUCAUUGCACCCCAUUGUUCGCCAUGAGGCAGCAGAAGCUCUUGGUGCAAUCGGCUUAGACAGUAAUGUUUCACUUCUUAAAAAGAGUUUGGCUUCUGACCCAGCUCAAGAAGUUCGAGAGACGUGUGAGCUAGCCUUAAGUCGGAUUGAGAAAGUAAAGAACACAUCCGUCUCUCAAUCAUCUCCUUUUUUAUCAGUUGAUCCCGCUGCUCCUGCUAAUUGUUCUUCCAUACGAGAGCUGAGGGAAAUUCUAUUAGAUGAAGGAAAGUGCAUGUAUGAGCGUUAUGCAGCUCUUUUUGCUCUGAGGAACCUUGGGCAAGACGAAGCUGUUUCUGCUAUUGUUGAGUCCCUAGGUGCAAAUAGUGCUUUGCUACGACAUGAGGUUGCUUAUGUUUUGGGCCAACUGCAGAACAAGAAAGCUUCAGAUGCACUUUCUCAGGUUCUUAGAGAUGUAAACGAACAUCCUAUGGUUAGACAUGAAGCAGCUGAGGCUCUUGGCUCUAUUGCAGACGAUCAUUGUGUUUCUUUGCUUGAGGAAUUCGCCAAGGAUGCCGAGCCUAUUGUGUCACAGAGCUGUGAAGUUGCGCUCAGCAUGCUGAAUUUCGAGAGAUCAGGAAAAUCAUUUGAGUACCUUUUUAUGCAGGCGCCUCAAGUUGAGCAAGCGUCGUGUUAA